GAAUUUUCGAACCCGCGAAACCAAACCUCUCUUCACUGCCAGUGCCACUCCACCCAAAAUCUGGCAUUUCAAGCUUUAUUUUUGUUCACUCUGUUUCAUUUCACAUUCAAAACGCAGCGUUUAGGCUCCGAAGUACUUCGAAAUCUUCUUUCUUCAACGAUUUAGGGUUGUGCAUCUUCUCGAGCUAUGGAGCUACGAGCUGGAGGGAUCAUCGUCUGCACAAAACCAUAGGAAAUUGAGUUUUUUGUUGUCUUUGUGAUGGGGAAGAGGAACACUGUGGUGGUCUUGUCAUCGGACGAAGAAGAUAGAGAUCGUUCAUCGAGCGCCAAUCGGAGAUAUACACCGACCAAAUUGACCUCUACGGUUCCGCGCACAAACCCUAGACGAUCCAAAAGGGCUCGUGUUUCGAGUUCUCGCGCUAGCUUGGGCACAGUACCAAGUAAUUGGGAUGAGGUCAAGCUGUUCUGUGAAGAUUUUGACGAAGUGUUUAGUGGGUUCAAGGUAUCUGAUGGUUCUGGAAGAAGCAACGUAAAGGAGUUAUGGGUCGAUAAAUACAAACCCCGUUCUUUUGAGGAGCUCGCUGUUCACAAGAAGAAGGUGGAAGAAGUUAAGUUGUGGUUUGAAGAAAGAUUAGCAAGUUCAAAGGGUUCAUCUAGUAAUCAUGUUCUUGUCAUCACUGGGCAAGCUGGUGUUGGAAAAUCCGCAACUAUUCAUGCGAUUGCAUCUCACCUUGGAGCCACAUUGUGUGAAUGGAACACACCAACUCCUGUAGUUUGGCAAGAACAUUUAUACAACUCCAGUGCAGGAAUACGCUACAUGUCAAAGUUGGAUGAAUUUGAAAAUUUUGUGGAGAGAAUAAGGAAGUAUGGAUUGAUCCCAUCAUCCCUUAAUGAGGGUUCAAAAUCAUCAAUCAUACUCUUAAUUGAUGACCUUCCGGUGACAAAUGGUAGAGUUGCUUUUGGAAGACUUCAAAACUGUUUGCAUCUUCUUGUGCAAUCUACUCGGAUACCAACUGCUAUAUUGAUCACCGACUAUGGUAAAGCCGAUUCAGCAGAUCACUCCACUGGAUACUUAGAAGAACUUCAGUUGUCUCUUGAAAAUGUUGGGGCUUGUAAGGUCUCCUUCAAUCCUAUAACAGAUAAUUCCAUCAAGAAAGUACUUUCUAGAAUAUGUAAAGAAGAGCAGUGUAAUGUGACUACUGAACAAGUCAGUCUAAUAGCAAAAGCAAGUGGAGGUGACAUUAGACAUGCAAUUACAUCUCCAUUUUUCUUUCUGAAACCAAAUCCGAGGCAUUUGUUGUCUUCAUCAAGUCCUGCUACCACAUCUGCUAAAGAGAAACCAUAUGAAGUAAAUGCUUUGGAUGACGGGUUUUCCUUCCAAUUUGGCAGAGAUGAUACACUUUCUCUAUUCCAUGCCCUUGGGAAGUUUCUGCAUAACAAAAGAGAGACGGAAAAUGUCAUGGCGGACGGAGAUGCAUUUCAUGUGCGGGAAGGAUUGUCUAGACUACCACUAAAAAUGGAUGCUCCAGAAAAGAUUCUAUGCCAAGCACAUGGACAAGCUAGGCCUGUUGCCGACUUUCUACAUGAAAAUGUUCUAGAUUUUCUGAGUGAGGAGGCCAUAGAUGAUGCAUGGGCAGUUGCUUCAUAUUUAGGUGAUGCUGACUUGCUUCUUGCUACUUUCCGUGGAAUGCUAAGUAGACAGUAUGAGGCAGAGAAUAUUCUACAAUCAGCUGGCGCCUCAGUUGCUGCUCGGGGUGUCCUAUUUGGAAAUUUUCAUCCAUUGCCUUCCAGGUGGCAUGCCGUUCGCCGGCCAAAGGUCUGGCAGGUUGAGCAAUCAUCAUUGCGUAACAAGAAGGAGAUGGUAAAACGGAGAUUUGGCGCUUAUAGUGGAAUGUGUGCAUCCGAUUUGACAGUUAUUGCUACUGAGUACACACCUGUGUUGAAAUGGCUUGGAUUUAGGACACUGCAAGGCUACAAGGAAGAAGACAAUGUUGAAACGAUAAGUUUUGACGGUCAAGAAACCGAAAUUUCUGAUGAUGAAAUAGAAGAAUGGUAAGACAUAGGGAGUACUUGAGAAGCAAAACUUAGUUUAGAUUGGCUUGUUCCUGUAAACUAGUUCCUAGAAAGUAAUCAUUAUUUUUUUUUUUUGGGUAAUGUUAAAAAAAAUUCUGGUACCGAACGAAAGUUGUACAACCUUUUGUGGUCAAUGCCAGAUUUGGAAAUCCGAGUUGUUUGUACAGUCAUUAGUGGAAGUUUUGUCAUAUAAAGAGCUAGCUCUAGUCUUCUUAGGAGCUGAUUAAGUGCUUAUAAAAACCACUAUCUUGAGAAUUGUAUUUUUUUCGUUUUUUGAUUCUCUUGAGAAA